CUGUAGCGCGCUGGGAAAACGUCGAAACGAACACAGCCGGUCCGUCCAGACCUAGAAACCAUCUGUCCCUCAAUCCCGCGACGCCGCCGCCGUUCUGCUCCGGUGCUAGGGCUUGGGAGCUGAGCUCCACCCUGCCCCCUCCAUUCUCCAGCUCGCCUCAGCCAUCCCUUCCUUCCGUCUUUAAAGGCAUCGCUGCCGGGCGGCUGUUAGCUGAAUCGAUCGCAAGGAAAGACAAAGGAGGAGAGUUCAGUCGACUUGGGAUCGAGUAGAAUCGCCGGCUUCUGCUGCUAUUGCGGUACUCUUCCUUCCUUGAAUGUCGUUUACUUCUCCAGCUGACCAUUAUAUCCAAUCCCAAUCCAAUCGACGAUGGGCCUCUCUCGUCGGUUUCUGAACCUGAUCGUGGACAACCGCAUCCCUGGAGCCAAAUCGCUGCGCUGCAUCGACCUCACCCUCGCGCGCUACAAGUUGUUCAACACUACAACACCUGCUGCACUGACACUGAAUGGGAACGGAAACGGAUUGAAGAAAAGGAUGGAGAAGAUUUGUCUUCCCAGCCCAAUCUUCAACUUGGGAGCACCAGGCGAACGGAUACACAUGUUCCCUGCUUUGGAGCGCAGGGCUUUCUCUUUGGACCAGUCGGGGCGUGGCCUCCUUCUGGAGGCAGACACAUCCCGUCUGGUGGUGAUGCCAAAUCUCCACAAGCCCAAGUUGGAACCCAUUGCCCUCUACAUCCCCGGCGCUGAGAUAGAUCUGGAUGACCUUGAUGGCGGCGGUGGCGGUACUCUUUUUAUCAUGGAUAGAAUUGCGAAACCACAGGAGGCUGACUAUUUGUUCGAGGCUUUGGUGUACCGCAUGUUCUGUUCCAGCUACUUAUCAAAGUCCUGGGACUGCCAACUCCUCCCACCACCGCCGCCAUACGUCGUCAAAUGUGGCGUUGACUUUCUAAAGAUCAUCUCAUAUGGUUUGGUUAAAGGUGGCUCUGAGAUCUGCAUAUCCAUCGACGGGGUUGGUACUUAUUGCUUUGACACUGUGAAACACACUUGGAUUGAAGUGGGCAAGUGGAUGCUACCCUUCCAAGGCAAGUUUGAGUAUGUCCACGAGCUCAAGCUCUGGUUUGGCUUCACUCCCAACGAUGGCCACUUUGCUGUUGCUGACCUCUCUGCCAUGGACGAGUACCUGCAACCACAGAUACGCCACUGCUGGAACGAACUUGAUGAGUCACUCAUCCAAGGAUGGAAGCAGAUACGGGACCCUCAGCUUGUCAACCUGGGGUCUGCCAAGUUCUGCAUUGCAAGGUUCUUUCACACUGGUGACUUUGGCGAUGGAUUGAGUGGCCAGAAUGUUUCUGUCCUGACUGGUGUAGAGUUUACCCAUGCCAAUGUUGACCAUGAGAAUAUUGGAUUGAUCAAGCACAAAUCGAGAUGUCACAAGUCUAGCUGCGGUGAGGAGACCAUCACGGCAGUUUUCUGAUUAAUUUAAGGGCUGACUCCCCAUCCUUUGAAUAAUUUUCUGUCUCUCUCUUUAAGAGAACUUGUGUCUCGUCCUAAUUUUACUUUAGCAUAAUAAAAAUGAUACUUCCUCCGUUUCAUAAUGUAA